AGAUUCGGCACCUCUCUCCGCCCCUCAUCUCCUCCCAUCCUCGCCUUGAGAUGCCUUCCUCAACCGUCCUUCACGAGCACGCCGCCUAGCUCUCCGCUCACUACCGCUGACGACCGCGAACGACCGUCUCAGGAUCGACCGGGCGCAACAUGCCCGUACUGGUGCGUCUCACUCACACUAACAGCCCAAUGACAGCAGAUCCUGCGAAGACGACGCACGGGACGCGUCGAACGUCGCGCGCAUCGCGCUGUUCGCCCACCCUUCACGCGCACGCAACCUCCGCCUAUCGAGUCAAGCAUAUCAUCCACGCCUGCCAAACGCGGCCGCUCGCACACAGCACAAAGCACAAGCAACGGACACACAGCGCGACAUCGAUCGCGAUCACGAGGAGCAAUCAUCCUGAGCUAACCGCGACCGACGUGGACCGCCGGACUGCAAGACCCUCUGCACACAGAUCAUGUCGUCCCACUCGGACACGAACACUGACGCUUCGCAAGGCCGUAGGAAGAGAUGGGAAGGAGGAAAUAUAUUUCCUGAGGGUCGGACAUGAGAUGAAUGACAUGCCUUGGAGCGGCGGAGCUCUGCGCGCUCAAGAGAGCGCAUGGGCAUGAAAGACCGACGUUGGAGGAAAGCGAGCUAAAGAGCGCGCGCAUAGUGCAGUCGCUCGGCUGAGACCGAGAGAGAGCGCACGCGGAGACGCGUUGUGUA